AUGCGGUGGUUCGUCGGUCGGAAAGGAGGGCAGCAGAGAGAGAGGGAAGUCGCGGUCCUCUCGCCGGUCCCGUUCGGUGGUUCGUCGGUUGCAGACGUACCCAAUUCUCCCAAUCCGAGCACGAAUUCGCCGUACUCGUCCAUCUACGCCUCGUCGGCUCCGUACAACGCGCCGUAUGAGCCGACGUAUGAUAAUUCCGUGAAGUACGACAGGGGGGGAUCGUUCCUCGAUGAUAGGUAUGGCGGGGGAUACGGUCGUAGCAUGUCCGAUUACGGGUCGGACUUCUACAGGAAGCAAUCGGAUGUUUCGCAGUAUGGUUCGGGUUCGAGGCGGGAGGACGCGUAUGGAGAUGGUGUGUUUGCUUACGAAGGAGGGAAAGUCGAGCCAUAUGGUGCUCGAGGCACUUCUUCGAAAUCAUCGACCUGGUCUGCGUUCGAUGACUGUGGAAGACCAAUCUGUUUUCCCUCUGGGAAGGAGUCUUCAGUCAGCUCACCGAAGAUUGUAAGAGCAGUGCCCAAGGCGGAGACGCAGCAGGAUGUAAAGAGUGGGGUCCAGAAGUUUAGGGUGAAGCUCUUGCCUGAAAGUGGUUCUCAAAGUACAAUGGAUGUUCUCUGUCAGAUAGGCUUGGAUGGAAUUCGUAUGCUUGAUCCUUCAACAAGUCGGACUUUGAGGAUAUACCCUUUAGAGACCAUCACCAGAUGUGAAGUGACGGAUUCAUCUAUAUUUUCAUUUUGGUCAAAGAGUUCUGUGGAUAUUGAACCCAGGCGUAUUAGAUUACAAUCAAAUCGUUACACAACUAACACACUCCUUGAUACGGUGACAGCUGCGACUGUUCAGUUAAAGGAAAUAGGUGGAAGGAGCAGGCCUUAUGAUCCUGUAAAGACAAGUGAACAGCCUGCAGAGAGGAAGAAAGGUAUUGCUAACUGGAUGAAUUUAAUGAAGCCUGGCAAUGAAGAGAAAGAUCACUGGUUUCCCGAUGAAGCAGCUUCAAAGCGUACAGCUUGUGGAACGGAUUUUAGUGCUUUUAUUCGCAGGCACCACUGCAGGAAUUGUGGAGAUAUUUUCUGCGAUAAAUGUACCCAUGGCAGGAUUGCCCUAACUGCCGAAGAAAAUGCUCAACCAGUUUGCGUUUGUGACCGUUGUUUGGCUGAAGUUACUCAGCGACUGAGCAAUGCGAAGGAAGCAUCUAGUAAACCGGUGAGAUUUAAGAGUCAUGAGGACCUUGCAAGAAAGCUUCAGGAGGAAAUGGAGAGGAAUCACAAAGGAUCAGCGGGCUCCCAGUCAGAUGGUUCUGGAAGGAGGAUGAAGGAAGUUGCCUGUCCAAUAUGCACUGUUCAUUUGCAGGUCCAGGUUCCAACCUCUGGUUCUGAGACUAUUGAAUGUGGAGUGUGUCAGCAUCCCUUCCUCGUGAGUGCCCACUAGUGCCACCCUCUUUGGUCGAUGAGGCUUCUGCAUUAUAACUUCUUUGAAUUGUUUAGCAUGUGGAAAAGGGCUUUGGAUGGCUACAACGAGAAUAGCGACCUAUUUAGUAAAUUCCUUUGCUUUCUUUGGAGAAUCUGAGCCAAUGUUGGUAAUUCACGAUAUGUUGGUGGGGGUAUUGUGGUAUGCAUAUCGCAUGCCAGUGGCUUGUCGCAAGUUACCUUUCGAUGUAAAAAAUAUUUGAUCAUGUUAAUCCCGUGACUUGCAUUUUUCUUCUUGCAA